CCUCCAACCACCCAGUCAGCCGAGUCGCGAACACGCUCCAAUUGUAUACCAACCCGCCACACAUCCGCAAAAAGGAGGACAUUUCGUCUUGAACAUCCGCAACAAUGGCGCCCAACAGGACGAAAACGAUCAAGAACAAGCAUGCCGCCAACGGCUCCGGCAUCAAGAACAGCAAGGCCGCGGACCACAGGCCGGUUCCCGAUGGCAUUGUCAGGAAAUCCAGAGACACGCCCAAGGGCACCAAGCCGCUCAAGGCCGGUGGCAAGACGAACCUCGAGGCCCUGUUGAAGAAGCGCAAGAAGAAGGUCUACACUGAGGAGGAGCUCGGCAUCCCCAAGCUGAACAAGAUCACGCCGGUUGGCGUGGAGAAGCCUAAGGGCAAGAAGAAGGGCAAGGUCUUUGUCGACGACAGGGAGAGCAUGAACACCAUCCUCGCCAUGGUCCAGGCCGAGAAGGAGGGCCAGAUCGAGUCCAAGAUGAUGAAGGCGAGACAAAUGGAGGAGAUCCGCGAGGCCCGCAAGGUAGAGGCCGAAAAGAAGGAAGAGGAGAAGAAGUCCAGGCUGGAGGAGACCAAGGACUCGCUGCGCAAGAAGAGGAAGCGCAACCCCCGUGCCGAGGACGAGGACAAGAUCAACCAGUACGCAAGCGCAGGGUCCAAGGCCGCCAAGCCCAAGAAGAAGAAGAGCGUCUCCUUUGCCUGAGGGAGGCACGAGGGGGGUGGUUUGAACACUGAAGAGUCUAGCAGCAUGUCUUUGCAUCUUGGGCGGCGUUUGGAGUGCCAAAAAAGAAAACAUACUGGGUUGGUAAAAAAGUGGGAGGGUCGUCUAUUUGUUUCAACACUUUGUUGUGUCGACGGCGUUCAGAGCAGAUACCAUGGCGAGGGCUUGACCUUGCGCGAGAGCUUAAUGCACCACCAUAGGACGGCGAUCAGCCAGGUAUCGGCGGGUUGAUGAAUCUCGUCGUUGCAAAAUACCUGUCUGAAUACUAGUCUGUUUCAAAGCUUUGUCCGCUACUGCGAAUGUCAAUAAAAGGCAGGUGUACUUUUUCUAUCUAUAC